AUGGCCGACAAUAAACGGGAAACCAUUCGCUAUGAGCUCGCUGGGGAUGACUCUCCAUCACUCAGUCCAGCCACUUCAACGCCAGCUACUCAGAGGUUGAGAAAUACAAGGAGUACUGGGGAUCUGUCACACGCUCCAGAACUGCCCGGAGAUUUCUCGUUAGAAAGCUCAUCAGCAUAUAAAUUCGCCAACUUUCUCGAGAAUGAUGUCAAAAUUCAAGAUGACGCUCGUGUUGAGAUUGAUUGUAAUUACAAGUUGGUCCGCACCCUAAGCCGUCUCUAUCAAACAUCACCCGACAAGUACACGCAACCCGACACUCCGACUCCAGAAUAUACAGAAUUCGAAUCCAAAAGAAAGACAUGGGCCACAAAGCUGAAUAUUGUUAUUUAA